AUUUAUCUCUGAGCUUCAAACCACGCUCUAGGAGGAGUUGUGGCCACAUUUUGCCACAGUCCAGUUGGCGGCUGCCUCAUGGAGGCGGCGUCCACCAGUAGCCGCUGCCAAGGCAGCGCGAAAACAUGUAGGCUUGGUCAGCCUGGAUGGAGGAUGCCUCCGGCCCGUGUUCUCCAGCUGCGCGUGCAAGCAGCUGUACAAAUCGGAAAGCUGCACCGGGAGCCGGUCCCUCCACUCAGAGAACCAGGGACGGUAGUCCCAGGUUCUAGGACCAAGCCAACACCCCUGCUGUCUGCAUCUCAGAUGCUGCAGCGGAUAGGAACCUCCUUGAGCCCAUACAUUAUGGAACGUUUUGGAGCUUUCUACAGCAGCAUGGCUGGCGGCAUUGUAACGGACCCGACACUCAUGCUCUUGCCGCUCGACGACCAAUUCGUCGUCAAGGGCUACGGCGUCGCCGAGAUCGUGGUCCUGAGGGACGGUCAUCUAUUCAUGCUUGAUGAACACAUUACUCGGUUAAGGGCUGCCUGUGAGCACGUUGGGAUAGAGCUGCCAUUCACGGAGGCUGCUAUCAAGCGGAUCGUCCUUGACACAGCCGCAGCAAGCGGCAAAGUGAACGGCCGUGUGCGAUUCUGGGUGACCCCUGGCCGCGGUGGCUUCACCCCCUUGGAGGUUGGGGGUCACCAGCCUGCCCUCUACGUGCUGUGCCUUUCCGACGUCCAUGAGCUGGACCGCGUGGAGUCCUGGGAUGCGAUCGUUGCGGAGCAGCCCAUCCUGCCCACCAGCACCAGCACCAUCCUCGGCAACCAGCAGCUGCUAACAUCCGUAUCCCAGAAGGAGGCCGUCGGCAAGGAUUGCCAUGUGGCCAUCUUCACGGAUGCGGAGGGCUUCGUGCAGCACUGCGCCGGCUACACGGUGUGCAUGAUCACGCAGCAAGACAUCCUCGUGUUCCCGCCAUUUGAGAACUCGGUGCCCAGCAUCACGCUGGCUCGCAUGCUGGACCUGAUCCCCGAGGAACGCGAGCGCUCACCCAACGAUGUGGUCAUUUCGGACGUCCAGCAACGCAAGAUGCACGUUUCCGAGAUCCUGGCCGCCAAGGAGUGCUUCCUAGUGGGCACCACCUUCACCAUCGCACCCGUGCGCAGCAUCGACGGCAAGCCUGUCAACGACAACCGAACGGGCCUCGUCACACUCGCGCUGCACUACACCUUGGACAAUGACAUGCUGCCGCCGCCGCCCGGGACUAUCAGUCCGUACCACAUUCCUGUGCCGUACGGAUUCAUGACGGGCAUGCGGAGCCAGCUGAUGUAGAGCGGUGGCGUGUGCGAUGCGAGGGUGAUAUGGGUGAUGGUGAGGGAGAGUGUGUGAGGGACACAUGUAUAUACACGCAGGAUGCAGGGCUGGCUAGGGGCUGAUACUCGGCUGUUGCUCUGGUGACACUGUUACGUUUUUGCAGAUAGGACUUGGUGUGUCUGUGUUUUAGUGUCGAGGCGACUGACCAGUUGGACCGCGAUGUCUGCAAGAGAGAGUGUUGUGUGAAGGGACAUAUGGAGGUGUAGGCUUUAGGCCAGGCUUCCAUCAGUUUUGUAGUUG